AUGGAGGAGAGCAGAGGCAAUCAACUACCUGGCCUGAGGUUCUGCCCCAUGGAAGAUGAACUAGUUCUCUUCUACCUCAAGCCCAUGUUGAGCGGACAGAUCAUGCCCGGCAGAAACCGCGUGGUGUUCGACUGUGACCUCUACGGUCACCAAGAACCUUGGGAGAUAUGGGAGGCCUUUAAGACCAAAAGACCACACGACUUGAGGCUCAACAAGGACAUUUACUUCUUCACCCAACACAAGAAGAUGAGUUCCACAGCCAAGCGCGUACGCCGGAAUGUUGGAAGUGGCACCUGGAAGGGCGACGACUCCGGCAAGCCAGUACGAUCUGUUGAAACUGGUCGUGUUGUUGGCUUGAAGAAAAGAUAUACUUACAAGAACGAUGACUCGGUUCACAAUGGCUGUUGGAUCUUGUAUGAGUUCUACCUUGAUCAAUCACUCAGAGACAAUAAACAAAAGUUGAAAGACUAUGUUCUUUGUCUACUACGAAAGAAUGGUGAACCCAAAACCAAGAUCAAAAGAAGAGAAAGCAACGUGAAGAGGAAGAGGUUCUUGAAAACAAUUAUGCCUUUCAUGAUGGAGAAAAAUCGAAAAGGGAGCAAGAAGAGUUGCUUGAGCCACAAGCGAAGCGGCAACGAACGGUGCCAUCCAUUGGUAAUGCACCACUAA